AUGGGUGGUAAAACAAGUAAAAAAUUAUCAAAUCAGGAAGUUCAACGUUUUGUUCAACAGACUCAAUUGCAACCUUAUGUUAUUCAACAAAUCUACGAUGCAUUUAUUGAUCGCGCAGGUAGAAAUGGACGAAUGAAUUUGGCCGAAUUCAAACAAACGUACAAUCAAAUCAAACCGAACUAUGAUCCGUAUAAUAUCUAUGGAAAUGAUAUGGAAGCAGAGCGAAUCUUCAUGAUGUUUGACGCAGACCGAAAUGGUGUGUUGACGUUCGAUGAGUUUAUUAACGUGUUUAUUCAAAUUCAAAGAGGUAAGAUUUCGUCUUACGAAUUGAUCUUGGAAGAAUAUUCAUUCUAG